GCCCCCACAGUCUGGAGGCUCCUUCGGACCAGGGAGCCCAGACUAAGCAUUCCAGCAGUCAGCGGUCAGUGCUGCAGAAGCACUUCGGGUUCGAGUACCAGACGCAGGUCGACGGGGAGAUCCUGCUGCAUCUCUACCACAGGGGUGGCAUCGAGCAGACGGCCCCCAUGCUGGACGGCGUGUUCGCCUUCAUCCUGCUGGACACGGCCAAUCGCAAAGUAUUCCUGGGGAGGGACACGUUCGGCGUCCGGCCGCUGUUCAGAGCGCUCACGGAGGAGGGGUUGCUGGCCGUGUGUUCAGAGGCCAAAGGCCUGGUCAGCCUGAAGCAGCCCAUGGCUCCCCGGCUCCAGAUCGAGCCCUUCCCUCCCGGCCAUUACGAAGUUCUGGAUCUCAAGGCCAGCGGCAAGGUGGCGUCCGUGGAGCUGGUGAAGUUCCACAGCUGCAGGGACGCGCCGCUCCACGCACUCUUCGACCCCCUGGAGAAGCUGUCCGCAGGCUUUGAGCUGGAAACGGUGAAGCGCAACAUCCGGCUGCUCUUCGACCACGCCGUGCGCAAACGCCUGAUGACCGACCGGAGGAUCGGCUGCCUCUUGUCAGGGGGCCUCGACUCCAGCUUGGUGGCUGCCACCCUCCUGAAGCAGCUGCAGGAAGCCCAGGUGGCCUACCCGCUCCAGACCUUCGCCAUCGGCACGGAGGACGGCCCGGAUCUGCUGGCCGCUCGAAAGGUGGCGGCUCACAUCGGGAGCGAGCACCACGAGGUGCUGUUCAGCGCCGAGGAGGGCAUCCAGGCCCUGGACGAGGUGGUCUUCUUCCUGGAGACGUACGACAUCACCACCAUCCGCGCCUCCGUGGGCAUGUAUCUGGUCUCCAAGUACAUCCGCAAGAACACGGACAGCGUCGUCGUCUUCUCCGGAGAAGGCUCUGACGAGCUCACUCAGGGCUACAUCUACUUCCACCAGGCGCCCUCUGCGGAGGAGGCGGGGGAGGAGAGCGAGCGGCUCCUCCGGGAGCUCUAUCUCUUCGACGUCCUGCGUGCCGACCGCACCACCGCGGCGCACGGCCUCGAGCUGCGGGUCCCGUUCCUGGAUCACAGAUUCACUUCCUACUACCUGUCGCUGCCCCCGGAGCUCCGGACCAAAAAAAAACCUAACGGGGUCGAGAAGCACCUCCUAAGAGAGGCGUUUGAGGGUGCCAACCUGCUGCCCAAAGAGAUCCUCUGGCGGCCCAAAGAGGCCUUCAGCGACGGGCUCACCUCCAUCAAGAAGUCCUGGUUCACCAUCCUCCAGGAGCACAUGGAGCGUCAGGUAGCCACGGCAACGGAGCUGGGCGGGGCGGGAGCCGCUGAUUGGCUGCAGGCGGCCGAGGCUCUGCUGCCACGGCAACGGAGCUGGGCGGGGCGGNGAUUGGCUGCAGGCGGCCGAGGCUCUGCUGCCACGGCAACGGAGCUGGGCGGGGCGGGAGCCGCUGAUUGGCUGCAGGCGGCCGAGGCUCUGCUGCCACAGCAACGGAGCUGGGCGGGGCGGAGCCGCUGA